GCGACGGCGGGGAAGUGCACGAAGACAGAGAGGCAAGUGACGGCGGCCACGCCGAAGAAGCGCGAGUGCGAGCAACGAGCAUCGUCUAGAAAAACGUAAAACGUUAAUGUCGAAUUUCCGCGCCGAUUCCCGUAAGAUCGUUGAUUUUAGUGAGUGACUCCGUUGUGCCCGGCUUUUCCGCCGUUGGUGAAAAUGGCGUCCGACGAGGAAGUGGACGAAAACUACGCGGGAGAAGACGAUUUAGAAGAAUCUAGUGGUCUAGUGGCAAAUGUUAGCCAAGCAGUAGACGGUUCCUCUGACGCUGAAGAGUCGCAGAAAUUGGUAAAUGAGGAAGAUGAUGAUUACGAGCCGGAAGAGCGAAAAAAGAAGAAGGGAAAGAAGCGAAAAGCGAGAAGUGAGGACAAAAAGGGAAAGAAAAAAAAGAAAAAGAAAAAGUCCGAUUCGGGCGACGAAAGCGAUUUUGGUGGCGGCGAAAAUGCAGACGCAGCGGGCGAGGACAGCGAUUUUGCGAGCAACCAAAAGAGCAGAAAGUCCUCGUCCAGGAAGUCUUCUAGCCACAAUACAUCUGCUUCUGCUCAAAGCCAAGAGCCGUCUACAGGAAUGCCCACAAUCGAAGAAGUGUGUAAUACCUUCGGCUUAACUGACGUACAAAUUGACUAUUCCGACGCCGAUUUCCAGAACUUAUCCACGUACAAACUGUUUCAACAGCAUGUUAGGCCUCUAUUAGCUAAAGAAAAUCCCAAGGUGCCAAUAUCGAAGCUUAUGAUGUUGGUCGCUGCCAAGUGGCGAGAUUUCUCCGAAAUGAACCCUCACACACAACCGGAGGCGGAAACUUCGUCAGGCAACUUGGAGGAGGAAACCAAGACCUCCAGGUCGAGUCGUGGAGCUGCUGCUCAAGAACAAGAUGAUGAUGAGGAGGACGAAGAAGACAGUGAAUUUUACAAACGAAAAUCUCGAGGCUCGAGAGCCAAAAAGGGCAAAAAGGCCUCCAAAGUUCCCACGCUCAAAAUCAAGCUUGGCAAGCGCAAACGUGGCAGCUCUGUCAGUAAUAUUUCGGACGAGGAAGUUGAGGGUGGAAGUGGAGGUGAAUACAGAGAUUCAGACGUGGAGUUUGAGCAGAUGUUGGCGGAUGCAGAGGAGCCAACAGGCGAGGAAGGUUCUAAAGGUGCCGAGGAAGCCGCUGCUGAAGCACCAACAGAUCCUCCAGUUCGCAGAAAGGCGAAGACAAAGAUUGGGAACAAGAGCAAGAAGAAAAAGAAGACAAAGACGACUUCGAAAUUCCCCGAUGGAGAGGAAAGUGUCCAGACUGACCAUCAGGAUUACUGUGAAGUUUGUCAACAAGGUGGUGAGAUUAUUCUUUGUGACACUUGUCCAAGAGCUUACCAUCUUGUUUGUCUAGAACCCGAAUUGGAGGAAACACCCGAAGGCAAAUGGAGUUGUCCACACUGCGAAGGAGAAGGAGCUGCAGAUGAUGACGACGAGCACAUGGAGUUUUGCCGAGUUUGCAAAGACGGAGGUGAACUUUUAUGCUGCGAUAGUUGUACAAGUGCAUACCACAUCCACUGUCUAAAUCCUCCUCUAACCGAAAUCCCCGACGGUGACUGGAAGUGUCCAAGAUGUGGCUGUCCUCCGAUUAUGGGUAAAGUCGCAAAGAUCCUAACUUGGAGGUGGAAAGAAUGUGAAGAUACACCUUCGGAGGAACCUUCAACCAGUAAAGCAGCUCCUAAGAAACGCAAGACGCGAGAGUUUUUCGUCAGAUGGGCAGAUAUGUCCUAUUGGCACUGUGACUGGAUCUCUGAACUCCAACUCGACGUGUUCCAUCCUCUCAUGUUUAGGAAUUACAUACGAAAAUACGACAUGGAUGAGCCACCAAAACUGGAGGAACCUUUGGACGAGAGCGACAGUCGUUACAAGAGGCUUCAAUGCCAAGAGGGUAAUGCCGAGAGGGACGAAUUCAACCUCGAGGAACGCUACUACCGAUACGGAGUUCGUCCCGAAUGGUUGAUUGUUCACAGAGUAAUCAAUCACAGACUUCAACGAGACGGUCGAGCAACAUAUCUCGUUAAGUGGCGAGAAUUGGGUUACGAUCUCGCGACUUGGGAAGAUGAGAACGAGGACGUGCCUGGAUUGAAACAAGCUAUCGAUUACUACUUGGAUCUGAGGAACGCAAUCUGCGGAGAUGGAACAUCUUCCUCGCGAAAGGGAAAGAAAGGCAAGGGCAAAAAGUCCAAGACUCGAGAGAUUAUCGAUGACGAGGAGAAGGCACCGAAAAGGUAUACUCCACCGCCUGAAAAAGCAACCACAGAUCUCAAGAAAAAGUACGAACGACAACCAGAUUACCUGGACAUAACAGGAGGUCAGUUGCAUCAUUACCAGUUGGAAGGUUUAAACUGGUUGAGGUAUUCUUGGGGUCAAGGCAUCGAUACAAUUCUUGCCGAUGAGAUGGGUCUUGGAAAAACGAUCCAGACUAUCACCUUCCUCUAUUCUCUUUACAAGGAAGGUCACUGCAAAGGUCCCUUCCUCGUUUCAGUACCCCUUUCCACAAUCAUCAAUUGGGAAAGAGAAUUCGAGACCUGGGCUCCCGAUUUCUAUUGUGUCACGUACGUCGGUGACAAGGACAGUCGUAUCGUCAUCCGAGAAAACGAACUCGCCUUCGAAGAGAACGCAACUCGAGGUGGAAGAGCGACAAAGAUCCGAUCAGCCAAUAUCAAGUUUAACGUGCUUUUGACGAGUUACGAGUUGGUUUCUAUCGACUCGGCCUGCCUGGGAUCAAUUGACUGGGCAGUUCUAGUCGUCGAUGAGGCACACAGGCUGAAAUCCAACCAGUCUAAAUUCUUCAGACUUCUGGCGUCUUACAAUAUUGCCUACAAACUUCUCCUAACUGGUACGCCUCUUCAAAACAACUUGGAGGAACUCUUCCACUUGUUGAAUUUCCUUUGUCGGGAUAAAUUCAACGAUCUCUCUGCUUUCCAGAAUGAAUUUGCGGAUAUUUCCAAGGAAGAGCAGGUGAAGAAACUUCACGAGAUGUUGGGACCCCACAUGCUGCGGAGAUUGAAGGCUGACGUGCUAAAGAACAUGCCUAGCAAAUCCGAAUUUAUCGUGAGAGUAGAAUUGUCUCCGAUGCAGAAAAAGUACUACAAGUAUAUUUUAACGAGAAACUACGAAGCCUUGAAUCCAAAGGGAGGAGGCCAGCAAGUUUCGUUGCUAAAUAUUAUGAUGGAUCUGAAAAAGUGUUGUAACCAUCCUUAUCUCUUCCCAGCUGCUUCCCAAGAAGCCCCGACGGGACCAAACGGUAACUACGAGACCUCAGCUUUGAUCAAAGCUGCUGGAAAGCUUGUCUUGUUAAGCAAGAUGCUGAGGAAGCUCCGAGACGACGGACACAGGGUCCUUAUUUUCUCCCAGAUGACAAAGAUGUUGGACAUUCUGGAAGACUACUUGGAAGGCGAGGGUUAUAAAUACGAACGUAUCGAUGGAAACAUCACUGGUACUCAGAGACAAGAGGCUAUAGAUAGAUUUAAUGCUCCUGGUGCCCAGCAAUUUGUCUUUUUGCUCUCAACUCGUGCUGGAGGUCUAGGAAUCAAUUUAGCGACAGCGGACACUGUGAUAAUCUACGAUUCCGAUUGGAAUCCUCACAACGACAUUCAGGCGUUCAGCAGAGCUCACAGAAUCGGUCAGGCUAAUAAAGUUAUGAUCUAUCGAUUCGUCACUCGAAACUCGGUCGAAGAACGAGUUACUCAAGUCGCGAAACGCAAGAUGAUGCUUACGCAUUUGGUCGUGCGGCCGGGGAUGGGAGGAAAGGGUGCCAACUUUAGCAAGCAGGAACUCGACGAUAUCUUGAGAUUCGGAACGGAAGAGUUGUUUAAAGAAGAGGAGGGCAAGGAAGACGAUGCAAUUCACUACGAUGACAAGGCCGUCGCGGAACUUUUAAACAGAAGCAAGGAGGGUAUCGAAUCGAAGGAAAGUUGGGCCAACGAGUACUUGAGCUCGUUCAAGGUGGCCUCUUAUGUCACAAAGGAUGGCGAGAAUGAGGAAGAGGCAGACACGGAGAUUAUCAAGCAAGAAGCUGAAAAUACCGAUCCUGCAUAUUGGAUUAAACUGCUGAGACACCAUUAUGAACAGCAGCAGGAGGAUAUGGCGAGGACACUUGGAAAGGGUAAGAGAGUACGAAAGCAGGUGAAUUAUAACGAUGGAGGAGUGACUGGAGAUCAAGGAGCUAGGGAUGAUCAGCCUUGGCAAGAGAAUCUCUCGGAUUAUAACAGUGACUUUAGCGCACCGAGUGAUGAUGACAAGGAGGAUGAUGACUUUGAUGAAAAGGGAGACGGUGACUUAUUGUCUCGUAGAAGCAGACGUCGCUUGGAAAGACGAGAUGAGAAGGACAGACCUCUUCCGCCACUUCUUGCCAGGGUUAAUGGUAAUAUUGAGGUUUUGGGAUUCAAUGCGAGACAGAGGAAGGCCUUCCUCAAUGCCAUUAUGCGGUAUGGAAUGCCACCACAGGAUGCUUUUAAUUCUCAGUGGUUGGUGCGGGAUUUAAGGGGAAAAUCGGAGAAGAAUUUCAAGGCUUAUGUUUCGCUCUUUAUGCGUCACCUUUGCGAGCCUGGUGCUGAUAAUGCAGAGACGUUUGCUGAUGGAGUUCCGAGGGAGGGAUUAAGUAGGCAACAUGUUUUGACGAGGAUUGGAGUGAUGUCGUUGAUCAGGAAGAAGGUUCAGGAGUUUGAGCAUAUUAAUGGGUACUACUCGAUGCCCGAGAUGAUCAGAAAGCCAGUGGAACCUGUGAAGGACGCUGUCGUGGAUCCUGCGACUGGAACGAGUAGCAGUGGCGCGACUCCUGCGACGUCUAAUGCCCCAAGUCCCAGUCCUGCUGCGACUCCGACCCCGACAGUUGGAGCUGUGGCCAAUGAUACGGCUAAGGCGGUGGAAGGUGCGGAGGUCAAGGAACAGAAGGAGGAUGGGAGCGAGAAAGAGACUUCGGAAGUAAAGGAAACUAAGGAAGAAGACAAGGAAACCAAGGAGACUAAAGAAGAAGAAGAACCUGCCGAGAAAGAGAAGGAAAAGGAGAAAGAGAAGGAAAAGGAAGGCGAAGAGCCCAAAAAGGAAGAAGAAGAGACAGAAAUGGAGACUAGUGACAAGGAAGUAGAAAAAGAGAAGGAGAAGCCAGAGAGUAUAAAAGACGAAAAAUCUCCCGUCAAGCCAGAAGAAAAGUUAGAAAAGGCAGAAAAUUUGGAAGUUAAGCCUAAGCCAGAAACAGAAGAGGACGUUGUUAUCGUGAAAGAUGACGAAGAAGAUGGCGACAAGAAAGAAGAAAAAGAUACUAAAGAGAAGGAAACAGCAAAGGAAGGCGAGACGGAAGUGAAGCCAAAGCGCAAAUUCAUGUUCAAUAUUGCCGAUGGAGGAUUCACAGAAUUGCACACUCUGUGGCUCAAUGAAGAGAAGGCCGCCGUUCCUGGCCGAGAAUACGAAAUCUGGCACCGAAGACACGAUUAUUGGCUCCUUGCUGGUAUCGUUACUCACGGUUAUGGACGUUGGCAGGACAUUCAAAAUGAUAUAAGGUUCGCGAUCAUCAAUGAGCCCUUCAAGAUGGACGUCGGCAAAGGUAACUUUCUCGAGAUAAAGAACAAGUUCCUUGCCAGACGUUUUAAGCUUUUAGAGCAAGCAUUGGUAAUCGAGGAACAACUGAGACGCGCCGCGUAUUUGAACUUGACGCAAGAUCCUAACCAUCCUGCGAUGAGUUUGAAUGCGAGGUUCGCCGAAGUCGAAUGUCUUGCCGAGUCCCAUCAACACCUGAGCAAGGAGAGUCUCGCUGGUAACAAACCGGCAAACGCUGUUCUACACAAGGUGCUAAAUCAAUUGGAGGAGCUUCUGUCUGACAUGAAGUCUGACGUGAGCCGUUUGCCAGCGACUUUGGCAAGAAUCCCUCCAGUUGCUCAACGACUCCAGAUGUCGGAACGUUCAAUUUUGAGUCGUCUGGCCGCAACAGCUCCAGGAGGCAGCAGCACUCCCUCUGGCCAGGCUGCUUUAUUGGCUCAGCAAUUCCCUGCAGGUUUCAACAGUGGCCAGAUACCAGCCACUUUUGCCGGUGCUGCCAACUUUGGUAACUUUAGGCCACAGUAUUCUGUGCCAGGACAACCACCACAAGGUUUCACGGCUUGAAUUUGAACACCGAAGUGGCAGCAGCUCAAGGAAGCAAAACUCACAACGGCGCAAACGACAUUCCCACCCGAAUUAUUUGCGCUGUAAUUUUAUUUUUCGUAAAUUACAAUUUCUAGCUGAAUUUUCACUAGAUAAGGAUCUAAAAUAAUGAAGAAAAAAACAUCGCUAAACAUAAUAUCGUAUGCUAAGAAAGGGGAAAAAAUCACAUUCUUUUCUUGUAUUUAUUAUGUGUACAUUCGUCGUCGGACAACAAGCGAGGUAUCAUGUUUUGUAUCGGUUUACGCGGGUCGACAGCGCAGCGAAUGAUGCAGGUCACUUUCUCGAGUAUUUGACGAGAGGAUACGAUUUAAAUCCUUUUGACGUACGACGUCUCGCAUAUUGAUAAUUAUAACGAUAGCAACAAUAAAUACUAAGUACAUUUUACUUAAAUUUAUUUAAGGACUCGCACGUUCGUUGGGACUCUGCAGUUGAAUGCAAAUCAUUCGAACGAUCUGUCGAUAUAUAAUUUAUUCGUAGAGUUUUUAUAGCAAUAGCUCGGACGCGACAAGAGUGUGACGCGUGUUUAUUUAAAAAAAGCCUUGAAUGAUUUUAAUUAAGACUGAAGAUGGAAUCGGGCGUCCGAGUGAAUUCUGAUAUAAAAAUAUUGUAAUGCAAGGGUCCUGCCACGAGAGAAAGCACAGCAUUUUGUGCAAAAUGAGUGUCGAGAGUUUAAAAAAAAUGAGAAAACGAGAGAGAAAAAAAAAGUUGAGCGAAAGGCAUAGGAUUAAGUCCUGACUCUUCGGAACUCUGCGCGAUUUCGAAGGGAAUAAUAAUUCAGCUUUCGUCUGUGCAGGAGAGUAAUUACCAAGUGCGGUUCAAUUUCUCUUUUCUUUUUUAAUCUGGACUUGAAUACUGAGAUGUAUUCUUUUAUCAUUAAUUGACUAAAAUAACAAAAAUAAAAAAUGAGGCAGACUUCCGAAUGCUUAGAGCUCCAAGUCCAUCGAUACGACGAAUCAUUUCUCUGUAACGUGUAAAGUUAAUACAAAGGUAGCGGGAAUUUUUUUAUGACGCAUUUCCAUUUACACUUUUUCGAGAGCUUCACUCCGACUAUCAGUCUUUGUAGUAUUCGUUUUUGAGCAAAAUGCAGCGAUAUCCGUACAUGUAUCUAGACUAUUCGGUGCGCUCUGACUUAAUUUUUAUUUCACACCUACCAAACUCUGUACAUACACAAUGUGUUGCACUGGAAACUCUGAAAUAUAAGUGUUAAACUGAAAGAA